CAAAAUUCAUGUCGUUUCCUCCAAUUUUCCCGCCACAUUGAACCAUCUUCCCUAUAAAUACCCACCAAAUUUUAUCAAACACAAUUUUUCCAAUCCCAUUUUCGUAGCAUGAACUCUGCUUUGAAAGCCCUUUUCUUAACUGAUCCAAGAAAAAACUUCAACUCUUAUGUUCAUAAAUGUGCUUCUUUAUUGAAAAAUUUCUCAGACAAAGGCUUAGUCUCAGGAGGAACUCUCCUCCAUAGCCUUUUAUUUAAAAAGGGUGUUUUUUCUGAGAGAUUUAUAGCUAUCAAGCUAUUAAUAAUGUACCUUAAUUUUAGGAAAUUACCCGAAGCUAAUCAGAUUGUGAAGGAGCUUGAUGGGUUUGAUUUAGUUGUCCGAAAUUGUUUGAUAAAUGCCAAUGUUCAGUGGGGAAAUUUAGGCGAAGCUCGAAAACUGUUCGAUGAAAUGCCUGAGAGAAACGAGGUUUCCUGGACGACGUUGAUUUCAGGUUUAAUGAAACAUGGAAGAGUGCAAGAAUCAAUGUGGUAUUUUGAAAGGAACCCAUUUAAGAAUGUAGUCUCGUGGACCGCGGGAAUCAGUGGGUUCGUGCGAAACGGGUUCAGUUUUCAUGGUCUGAAGCUUUUCGUAAGGUUGCUUGAAUCUGGGGUUAAGCCAAAUCAAGUUACUUUUACUUCUGUAGUUAGCGCGUGCAUAGAGACAGGUGACUUCGAGUUGGGAAUGAGUGUUGUAGGAUUGAUAGUUAAAACCGGGUUUGAGGAUAAUGUAUCGGUCUGUAACUCUUUGAUAACGUUGUGUCUAAGAAUGGGUGAAUUUGAUUUGGCGAGGAGGCUGUUUGAUCGCAUGGAAACUAGAGAUGUUGUUUCGUGGACAGCAAUACUAGAUAUGUAUGUGGAGCUGGGGGACUUGGGAGAGGCAAGGAGGAUUUUUGAUGAGAUGCCGGAAAGAAAUGAAGUUUCUUGGAGUGCAAUUAUUGCUAGGUAUAGUCAGAGUGGUGACCAUCGAGAGGCUUUGAACCUCUUUCGACAAAUGGUUCAACUAGGCCUCAAGCCAACUAUCUCUUGUUUCUCUAGUAUUCUCAGUGCAUUGGCUAGCCUUGAGCUUUUACGAGCAGGGAGGAACAUCCAUGCACAUGUUAAGAAAAUUGGGAUUGAGGGAGAUGUUUUCAUUAGUAGCUCUCUUGUUGACAUGUACUGUAAAUGUGGGGAGACUGAAGAUGGACGCUUGGUUUUUGACUCAAUUGAAAAGAAGAAUGUGGUUUUAUGGAAUUCUAUGGUUGGUGGGUACAGUGUAAAUAGACAAAUGGAUGAAGCCAAGAAUUUGUUUGAUCACAUGCCUACUCGAAAUAAUGUCUCUUGGGGUGCUAUAAUUGGUGGCUAUUUGGAAUAUAAGCAAUUUGAUAAGGUGUUUGAAGUUUUUAAUGAGAUGCUUUUGACAGGGGAAAUUCCAACCAAGCCCACUUUCUCGAGUGUGCUUUGUGGCUGUGCAAGCGUGGCCUCGUUGGAGAAAGGCAAGGAUCUCCAUGGAAAGAUUGUAAAACUUGGGUUCCAAAAUGAUGUUUUCUUGGGCACUGCCUUAACUGACAUGUAUGCAAAAUCGGGAGAUAUUGCGAGCUCCAAGCAGGUCUUUGAUAGAAUGCCGGAGAGAAACGAAAUCUCAUGGACUGUGAUGAUUCAAGGACUUGCAGAAAGUGGUUUUGUGGAAGAAUCUCUUGCUUUGUUUGAAGAAAUGAGAAGAACUUCCUCUGUUGCUCCUAAUGAGCUCAUGCUUUUAUCAGUUCUAUUUGCAUGUUCUCACUCCGGGUUAGUUGAUAAAGGGCUCCAGUUCUUUGAAGAAAUGGAGAGAGUAUAUGGUAUAAGGCCAAAGGGAAGACACUACACGUGCAUGGUGGAUAUGCUGUCUCGAUCUGGACGCCUAUACGAAGCUGAAGCUUUCAUUAAUUCCUUGCCAUUUCAACCUGAAGCCAAUGCAUUAGCAGCUCUACUAAGUGGUUGUAAGACAUACAAAAAUGAGGAGAUAGCAGAGAGAACAGCUAGGAAACUUGGUGAACUAGCAGAGAAAAGCUCCGCUGGAUUUGUCUUGUUGUCUAACAUAUAUGCUUCAGCUGGGAGAUGGAUUGAUGUUUCAAAUAUUAGGAAGUUAAUGAGGGAGAAGGGAUUGAAAAAGAGUGGUGGCUGCAGUUGGGUUGAGGUGAGAAACCAUGUACAUUCUUUUUAUUCGGAAGAUGGAACACACUCAGAAUCAGCUGAGAUUUAUGAUAUCUUGGAGCUCUUGAGAUCUGAAAUGCUGGGCUCCUAGAAAUAUCUUCUCUAACUGACACUCUCACCUUCCCCUGACUUGCUGAAAUGAUCUAGAUUUCAAGGAUGUUCUAUGCUGUAGAAUAGACCAUUUACCUUUUCGAGAAAACGUGCAUUGUCAUCUUUCGAGCAGACAGUUAAAGGGCUGCAAAUAAGGGCACAUAAUUGUAUAUCGGUUGCAGCUGUAGCAUAAACAUCAGAGAGACAAGUUUGGCAGUUCUUGAUGCAAAAUCAGAGCAUAUCAAGUCUUGUGUCUAGUCUCUCUACUUAUACCUUUGUCCUCCAAACUAAGUUAAGCCAUGAGGGGAAAGGUUCGCCCUCUUCUCAGCUAAAGAAGUUUUUGAAAUUUUGUUUCCAAAGACAAGAGAGUCCUGGUUUCAAUUGAAGAAAACCAGGGUUGAAUGGUCUGAGCAUGCAGGUGGAGGGCUGCAUGCUAGGUGAAGUAAGAAGAUCACAGUCAAAUAUUCAUCACAGAUGGGAGAUUUUUUUCCCCAAAUCUACCCCUUUACAGGCUUAUCCUUCGAAGACAUGUCGAGUAAUUUUGACUCCAGCAUUUUAUACUCAUGCUGGGCAUCCUGUAAUUCACUUUGAAGUUGCUGCACCUGCAACAAUUGCAAACGAGGAUGAGAUAAUGAAAGUGAAGCCAAAUCAAGGCUGCGCAGUGCAUAUAUUUUUCUUGUGUGAGCAGAUGUAUAUAACUUGAAGUUAAGGUGUGCCAAAAGUUGACCAAAUGAAAAGUCUUUCCAACUGGUUUACCAAUGCAUCAA